AUGUCAGGAAUCCAGCGGCUGCUGAUUGGUGCAAGCCCGCCCAACCCCCGCGUCACCUGCUCCCUUGACUCUCAACUGCUUCGCACGCUGCUCGCUGUUUGGCUCAAUUUCUUGUCAGACCGGACAGUUCGGACAGGAUCGGAAAUGGCAGACCGCCAGCUAACCCGCGAAGGCUCCGACACUUCCCUCAACGCCUCUGCCAAUCCCAGCGACAACUCUGGCGCGCCGGCGCCCCCGCGAUCCAGCACCGAUCCCCCUUCCUCGCGGAGCCAGACCCAGCUCCGCGUUUCACAUAUGCCUCCUGCCAAUCAUCAACAUCGCCAGAGCCUGAGCGAGACGCUGCGUGGGCCGCCGGGCUCGCCUCGGUCUCGGCGACAACCCUCUCUCACGCAGUCCGCUAUCCAGAGCCUGAUCGAUAACCCCCCACCGCCGAAGAAUGUUGAUUCCGCGUUUGUUGGACGGGACUGGCGAGAGAUCUCCAUUGGGGAGCUGGUUAGUCCGGAGGACCUGCAGUUUGUCGAGAUGGACACGGGCAUUGAAGAGGCAACCAAUGUGCUGAUUGAUUCCGGUGCCCCGGUCCUUCUCAUCCGCGACAGUCCUCAACACAAUUAUGCCGUUGCUACAUUUGACUACUCCGAUCUCAACACAUAUCUUCUCCUGGCAGCGGGGUUGACCUCCCCGCCAGAAGGUUACCGCACUUCGUAUGAUGAGCUUGCCAAGAAAGCUCGAGAUGGAGAGAAGAUCCCCCUCAAGGAUGUCAAGAGCUUGGGCAUGGAGAAAGAGCCGCUAGUUACGUUACCGGCGUCUGCAAAUGUUCUCACAGCGGUUGAGACCUUCGGUGGUGGUAUCCAUCGCGUUGUCGUCACCAAGGAGUCCAAUGACCGGGAAGUGGUUGGUAUUUUCAGUCAGUUCCGACUGGUGAAGUUCCUUUGGGAGAAUGGGCGAAGCUUCCCUGCGAUCGAGCAGCUCUACCCGCAGGCACUCAACAAUUUGCGGAUCGGAUCACACGACGUGAUCUCCAUCAACGGUGAUGCACCCCUCAGCGAAGCUUUGCAAGUGAUGAAUACCGAGGGUAUAUCCUCGCUUGUUGUGGUCGACAAUCACUUGAACGUGAUUGGCAAUAUCUCUACAACCGAUGUUAAGCUCUUAACACGGUCUUCAUCGCUGCCGCUUCUUCAAAAUACCUGCACGCACUUCAUUUCGGUGAUCUUGUCUACACGCGGGUUGAUCGAAGGGAAAGACUCGUUCCCCGUCUUCCAUGUGAAUCCUACCUCGACACUGGCCCACACAGUUGCUAAGCUGACUUUGGGUGACCGACCCGAUGUCUCCAUCUUCGUCAGGGCCCCCAACUCCCUCUCACUCCAGUGCGCAUAUUCCCCUGGCUACACCGCCGGUGACCUCCGCAACGACUGGAUCGCACAACGCACUCUCCCCGCCCCCUUCGCCUCUUCCUCCGCCGACAACCCCCCCCUCUGCAGCCUCCCAGCCAGGCGACACCCUAUCUCCCAACCUUAUACACAACCUCAUUCCCACCUUGGAGCUACCCCGCCACUCGCGCCUUCAAUCCCUGCCUCAGCGUUGCCAGGCGCCCGCUUGUCUGGGCGUCUGGUUGGCGUUGUUAGCUUGACUGAUGUCUUGAAUCUGCACGCUCGUGCCAGUGGCCUUAGUCCCGCAGAUCCGGCCGAAUCCCGACGCCGACGCCGCAGCAGCUCUUCCAGCAUGAGCGUCCGCCGUAGCGGUGAGAUUGGCCGAGAACUGUUUAGUCGGGGCGGUGUCUAG